UAAUACAUUAGCUAGCUAGCUAACUUUAUCUUAAUAUAUUCUUGCUUGCUAUGGAGCUUGUUUAGGCCUAGCUACAUUAAUAUUCAGCUAAGUUAUUAUGUGUGCAUCUCUUUGACAUAACUCAAAUUUCCUUUAUCUCAUAAGUGAUGGACCGAACACAGGUUUCUGUUCAGUUGUCUGGAAACAAGUGUCGACAUUUCCAGCUGAAAUUGGACGUAGAGGGUGCACCUUUGCGCAGAGACUGGUUUGAUGCUGAGAGGCUCCUCUGGGUGCACAAAGACAGCGGCUCGCUGACGAACUUGUUCAGAGUGAACCGGGGACGCUGGGAGGCGAAAUAAACAAUCUCCGGACUCGAAGUAGCCACGACCGCGUAGUUUUACCUCGUCAAACACACUAAUCCACCACACAUCCAACAAAUACAAGGUUACAGGAGUGUGCUGGUAGGACCGUGUGGUGCAGCAGGCCACUCUUGGCGGCAUGGUGAAGGUCCAGAAGUCAACUAGGAGGAAGAGCUCUCACUGUCUGCGCAGACUGGAGAGUGGUGGUCAGACAGUGAUGGAGGAAGGCCAGCUCCUUUCAGACAGCCAGCAUCCACAACAGGAGGAGCCCCGAAGAGCAGACCAGUCCUCUGAUCAAGCCCAGCUCCAGACCUCUGCUCCAGAUGAGACCGUGUCGGAAACUCCGAUGGAUGACCAGGAGAAGAGCGACUCUGAGGCCCAGCUCCAGGCAAAGCCUCUGUGGAAGCCCAUUCCCCCUCUGAUGCCUGAGUCCCACAGUAGCGCCACCACUGGGACCAGGGACCAAAUCUGCCAGACUGAGGAGUGGCUUCAGCAGACCAGCGCCGGCAGCCACAGUCAUAACACAGGUCUGUGUGUGGAGCCCGGAGAUCCUCCUCUACUCCAGCAGCCUCUGCAGACAUCCAAGUCAGGGAUUCAGCAGAUAAUUGAAUGCUUCCGUUCAGGAACGAGCCAGCUGAAGCACAUGCUGCUGAGGGAGGUGGACACCAUCUUUGAAUGUAAACUGUGUCGCAGUCUGUUCAGAGGCCUGCCCAACCUCAUCACACAUAAAGAGUACUACUGCCUAUCACGGCUGCCUGAACCCGACGGUCCAUCAGGUGAUGACAGACAGAGUGUGGCCAUGAAGGAUUUAUUGGAUGCCAUAUAUCCCAGAGCCCCAGACUACGUGGUCCGACUGGAGCCCAUUCAGACCACUACCAAGGCCGUGUUCCAGUACCUCACCACAGAAGAGGAGCUUGCUAGAUUUCCAUCGCACACACCCAGUGCCAGAGAGAGUCCGGUAGCAUGGGAAGGAGAACCGGUGGAGGGUGUGGACAACAACCAGCCAAGCCAGCCAGGAGGGCCCGAGAGCCACAGCAGCCCGGGACAAAAUCAGGGACAGAAGAAAUGGGAGGCUGAGGAGGAGGCUAAAGAGGAGCAGCCACAGCAGGAAGACGAGGGGUCCACCAGUGGGGUUGAGGACGUGACAAUCUCUUGUUGUCUCUGCGGUCAGGACUUUAACUCACGCCGCAGCAUCAGACGCCACUGCCGCAAAAUGCACCAGACCAAACUCGAAGAGCUCCGAAAGUUCACAGAGACGCGUACAGUUCCCACAAGCCUACUCUCUAUGGUGAAAGGUCGGCCAAGGACUCUCAGCACACCUACUGGAAAAUCCUGCCCAGUGUGCCUCAAAACCUUCGCUACCAAAGCCAACGUACGCCGCCAUUUUGACGAGGUGCAUCGUGGUCUACGGCGGGACACCAUCACACCCAGCAUCGCCUCACGGCCUGGCCUGCCCUUCUCUCUGGAGGUCACCCCCCCCAGGAAGAGCAACAAUGCCUCUCCAACACGUGGCCACAACUCCAAGUCCACCCCUGUGACCUCUAAAACAACACAUUCCAACCAAAACCAGUCCAAACAACCAAGUCAGCCCGCAGCCUCUCCACAGGCGGCACCGGCCUCAUGUCGCUGCACGCACUGCAAGAGGAACUACAGCUCGCAGCUCAUGUUGAAGAGACACAUGCGUAUUGUCCACAAAAUAUACAGCAUCAAAAGUAACAAGUCUGCUACCACGGCAACCUCCUCUACUCCGGCAGCCACACCGAACAGUAGCAGCGCUAACUUAGGCCCAAGCAACAACAUCCGAGUGAAAGAGGAAGCAGUAGAACCUUCAGAUGAAGACGACGACGACGGGGAGGACGUUGACAGUUGUCCGGCCCCUUCUCCCAGUGACAGCACUGGGACAGCUAAACGGCUUUCUGUGGCACACAACACCAUGAAGGUGAAGGAAGAGGAGGCCCCGUCGAGCCCAAAGAUGACGCCAUCCUUAUCUGCGUCAUCCUCGCGUGGUGGCAACAUGUGCAGCGGGGGUGUGCCCGCCAAAAUGACCAAACUGUCAGUGGGUUUUGACUUCAAGCAGCUCUUCUGCAAGCUGUGCAAGCGACAGUUCAGCUCACGUCAGAACUUAACAAAGCACAUUGAGCUGCACACGGACGGCAACGACAUCUUCAUCAAGUUCUACCGCUGCCCUCUCUGUCGCUACGAGUCACGUCGCAAACGUGACGUCCUGCGUCAUGUGACCGUGGUCCACAAGAAGUCAUCUGGGUACCUUGGCAAGAUCAUGCCCAAACUGGAGAGCAGGGCGGUGAAGAGGCUAGCUGAGGUAGUCCUCAACAGUACGACCCCCAACAAGAGGACAAGUGGCAGCGUCAAAGAGGAAUUAAACGGACGUCACGCUUCUUCACCAUCCUCCUCCUCCUCUUCGCCCCCUGUCACUCGCAAGCUAGAGUGCUCCACGGCUGCCCCAACCACUUCCUCAGCUUCCUCUUCCUCCGCCCCGCCUCCUGCCCCUGUCACUCGGAAACAGCUGGACCUCUCAUCGCCAGCGGCCACCCCGUCCCCUCCUGUCACCCGUAAGCAGGAGAGGGAGCAGACCCACCAGCCUCGUCCCAUCAGCCCCCCGCUGACCCGCCGCAGUGAAAAACACACACACCAGCGCAACUCCUCCACCACUCCACCCAGCAACCAAACCCCACACACCCGACGGCACGACACCCAGUCAGAGAGCAGCGGCACAGGGUCGUCGUCCUCCACUGAAGUCAGAGUGACCAAGAAUUUCUCCCUCCACGCCUGCGACCAGUGUGGACGGGCCUUUGCCAAGAAGCUGUACCUGGAGUCUCACAAGCGAAGUCAUCGUAACGCUGUAACCGCAGCAGCCAGCAAGAGGAAAGGAGUCAGCACCCGCUCCAAAUCCCUGGUCUGGUGAAACACACACACACACUCUUCUGCCGGGGAUAAUGGACGAGCGAGCCUCUAACAAUGAAGAAGCGAAUCAAAACUUUUAAUUGGGAGAAUAAUGGACGAAUAGAACGAGCACAGAGCAGAGAUGAAGGAAACAAACAAAAGGCACAAUGGAGCACGAUAGAGGAGUGAAGUACAAAGGAUUUUCAGCUUUUGCUUAAGAACCAAUCAUUUUGUUGGAAUCUGACUUUUUUUUUGUAUAGGUUUAUUAUGAAGCCAGCCAGCUUGCUGAACAGUGGCGCUGCUAUCCAUGAAGAGACUGUAGCGAUCACAAGAUUCACUCCCACUGUAUAUAUGUGCAUUUACUUACAACAGUAUGUCAGUGUAGAUCCAUAUGCAGGUGACAGGAUUUGUACUUGGUAGCAAAGGGAUACAGAUAGACUGUGUGUGUGUGUGUGUGUGUGUGUGUGUGUGUGUGUGUGUGUGUGUGUGUGAGUGUGUGUGAGAGACAGAGGGACUCAAAACUGGAUCGUGACCUCCACAGAAAAUAGACUGGAAACUAAUUGUUGAUUCAUUUUCUUUCUUUCUUUAGAGAAAGCAGAAUAUUGUACCCUUGCUGUCCCGCACAGAUACACAAAACGUAUUUGGGUCUUUGGCUAUCCGCAUUGUAUCACUUUUCUGUAUAUUCCCACCUUAGAUAGUUUUUUAGGGUGUUAACAAUUUGAUAUAUUCAGUACUACUUGCUCAACAUUACGACAGAUUUCAAAAUAUAUAUAUAUAUAUAUAUAUAUAUAUUUUAUAUAUAUAUAUAUAUAUAUUCCCUGACAUUUUCCCACUUACGAUUGGAACACUGUUGUGUCCUGUUAUCUAACAGAGAAACCAUAGCCAACGUGUUUCCACCAAGUCUUUAGAAGGCUAGCUGCUUGCUUUUGAGUUGGAAAUUACUUAUACAGUAUCUUCUCAUGCAAAUGUUGCUACUGAAAAGCAAACUGAUCACAGAUCAGAAUUCCAGUAGUAAAAUUCUUCACACGAGCAGUCCAUAGUCAGAUUUAGUUAUAUCUGCUUUGUAGUGACCAACUGCAUCUGGCGUGAAUUGUUGUAAUUGUAUGGUCAAAAUAAAGGAAACCCCUAAUAUAUUUUUCUGUUUACCUUGAAAAUUGUUUGUGCUUUAAAAAGAUUUUUUUUCUUACAUCUUACUCUUAUGUUCUGCUUUUUUUGUUUGACUGCAUGUGAAGAAAACAACCAUGUGUACAGGGUGUUUCCUUUACUUUGACCAUGCCCUGUUUUAUCUCCAUAUAUUAGCUGUAGUCCCAGUAAAAGCCUGGUUGUACGAGAACCGUCAGGCUAUGUGAAGCAAGGCUUCAAUAAGACACGAGUCUGUGAACUGACAGAGUUCUGUUCUGAAACGAGGCAACCAUUUCUGGAGAAAAGUGUCACCUUCCUUCACUCUCAAGUAUGAUGACAUUUUUUUUUUUUUUUUUUACAAAUGCUUAAUGGAUUAAAUCAAAUUCAUUUUCUUCCAAAUAUGAAUUCAUCUUUUAUUAUAACCGCUCAGUUCAGACUGUAAGGUUACCACGGGGGAAACAUUCAAACUAUCAAAUUAACACCAUUGUUAACACUCGCACUGGUGUUAAUGUGUGAGAAUCAAAGUUACAGUGAGCAGGAAAGACGGGACUGCACACAGCUUUAGGGAGUAAUGUGCGUUUGUUUUUGGUGUUACAGUUACAGCCACCAUUAGAAACCAUUAACUGGAAGAAUUUCUUUUCUGUGUUCAGUGGAAUAUUGUUGACCGCCGUCAUCUUGCUUGUCGCUAAGCAGAAAGCUAUGCUGACACGUCUCAGUUGUAGUGCCUAAGCAUCAGGUGUAACAGGUUUGGAUUGACACCAGCUGUCUGGGAAUCUACCGUUUGUGGUGCUAAUCCUGAUUUUAUUAUGGGCCAAAAUGUGGGAGCUGUAAACAUGGGGGUGAGGGGAAAAAAAAGAAAGAAGCUACAUGCCCUCGUACGCUAAACAGUUCUAUUCUCCAAACCUAAAAGUUUACAUUAAACUUUGUGUUCCAUUAACUUAAAAAUGCCGGGAAUCAUUCAAAUAAACUUUGAACUUUUCUUUUGUACUGAAAUUGAAGGGGGCUGCAUUUGUUUAAUGACAGCAACAGGUACCCCGAGGUAGUCUUUGAAACACUGGCACAUGAGUUGGGAUGAAAGUGAUUGAGGAAGACCAAAUGUAGAUAUGUCUUAAUGUUCAAACAGAAAGCCAUGAAAUUGAGCAAACCAGAAAAAAGGAAAGACCAACCUUUAUUUUUAUAAGUAAAAAACGCUACUGCGACAUGGUCUUGAGAACGUGUAUAUAGGGAUUCAUAUAUAUAUAUAAUAGUUAUAAUAGUCACAAUAGUUAUUGACAUGUACCUUAACUGUUGGUUGACCAUAUGCUUCAAACAUGUCCAACUAGUUACUACUCUGUCACUGUUUAAUACUGAGGCAAGUUUGCGUUGUUCCACCAUUAGUUGUCUUUGGUUUUGUCUCUCAUUCCUUUUUGAAGGAGUUUUUUUUUUUUCUUUUUUUGUUAGAAUGUGUCAAGAAAAGAAAUCAAACCUCAUAAGACUUUUGUUUAAGAUCUUGUCAUUAAUUCCUCAUCAGCUGUAAUAUGUUAUUAAGCUCACUUUCUAGAGAACUUGAAGAGUUAGAGAAGCCUUUCAGAUGUGACAAGAAUGUUAACCAACCACUUAAUAAAUAAAAACUGUACUGCUUCAAACCUAA